AGCACUGAUCAAGAUUUGAAGAUGUCAGGAUUGGUUAUCCACUUUGCCUCCAUGAUGUGCCUGCUUGUGAUCCUAACAGGACCAAGUUCUGCACUUUUCUGGCGACCGUCUCUGCCAACUUACCCAAGCGAUCCAAACGAUUCUUAUUAUCAGGUUUUUAAAACUGUUCCCGCGCCCGAGGUGACUGCAAAGAAGCUCAUGACCAACUUUCUGGGCUAUUCACAUAUUACCAAACGACAAACGGUUAUCGAAGAUAUUGUGAUAGUUAUGGAUGGCUCUGGGUCGAUUGGCUCUUGCGAAUUCAAGAAAGGAAAAGAAGCACUUAAACACAUGAUUAAAACACUGCAUAAUCCUACGCAUGACUCGAAGUACGCGGCGGUUACCUUUUCAUCCACAGCAACCGUCAACUUCAAGUUUUUACCACACUCAUCAGCAGCGAGCGAAAUAACUACGAUAUCUUAUCCAGGAGGCGGGACCAACACCCAAGAAGCACUGGCAGAAGCAAAGAAACUGUUUGACGACCCUAGCUCAGGUCGCCGUCAGUUCCCAUCAAGAAGUCUAGUUUUCCUUGUCACUGAUGGUCAAUCAAACCACAAAGACUCGACCAUACGAAGUGCCAAUGCCCUGAAAAGGAGUGGCGUUGAAAUCUAUGUGGUUGCUGUUGGACAUCACAUUCACGGAAUAGACGAAAUCGUCCAGGUUGCCUCCCAUCCGCCAGACAAUUUCCUGUUUAGAGUGAAAGAUUUGCAGGGAUUCUGGAAUAUUGUUAAGUUGACCGUAAAUGUGGUUUUUCCUGAUAAAUACGAUAUUGUCAACUACGACCCUCCUUGCUAG